AUAGUUGAAGAUUGGGAGGCCUUCCAAGCCAUUCUGGACCACACGUUCAACAAGCACCUGAAGUCUGACCCGGCCCUACACCCCGUUCUCAUGUCAGAGGCACCUUGGAAUGCCAGAGCCAAGAGAGAGAAGCUCACCGAGUUGAUGUUUGAACAUUAUAACAUCCCCGCCUUCUUUUUGUGCAAGACGGCUGUCCUCACCGCAUUUGCAAAUGGCCGUUCCACAGGCCUGGUCCUGGACAGCGGAUCCACCCACACCACCGCCCUUCCCGUCCAUGAUGGCUACGUCCUACAGCAGGGGAUCGUUAAGUCGCCCCUGGCCGGUGAUUUUAUUACCAUGCAAUGCCGUGAAUUAUUCCAGGAGAUGGGGGUGGAGAUUAUCCCGCCAUACAUGAUCGCAUCCAAGGAGCCAGUACGGGAAGGGUCAUCCCCCAACUGGAGGAAGAAGGACAAGCUGCCCACCGUCGCCAAAUCCUGGCAGAACUACAUGAGCAAUGAGGUCAUCCAGGAUUUCCAGGCCUCCGUCCUACAAGUGUCAGACUCUCCGUAUGAUGAACAGGUGGCCGCUCAGAUGCCCACCGUCCAUUAUGAGAUGCCCAAUGGCUACAACACAGACUAUGGUGCGGAGAGACUGCGUAUACCCGAGGGGCUCUUCGACCCGUCCAAUGUGAAGGGUCUCUCUGGUAACACCAUGCUGGGGGUGGGACACGUAGUGACCAGCAGUAUCGGGAUGUGUGACAUCGAUAUAAGACCGGGUCUGUACGGCAGUGUCAUUGUCACCGGAGGUAACACACUCCUCCAAGGCUUUAACGACAGGCUGAACCGCGAACUGUCACAGAAAACGCCACCGAGCAUGCGCCUCAAGCUCAUCGCCAGCAACAGCUCCAUUGAACGCCGCUUCAGCUCUUGGAUCGGAGGCUCCAUACUCGCCUCUCUGGGCACCUUCCAGCAGAUGUGGAUCUCCAAGCAGGAAUACGAGGAGGGAGGAAAGCAGUGCGUGGAGCGGAAGUGUCCCUGA